AUGAAUGUGGCGAGAGAAGAUGUUAGCUGUACUUAUGGCAUCGCCAUAAUGGUGUGUACCAUCGCUGUAGCUAUGGAAUCAAUAUCAAAUGUCUAUUUGUUGGCCAUAACGGAAAUGGGAUAUAAUAGUACAUUAUUUGCCAUUCAAAGCUUGUCAUGGAGUAUGCCAAUUUUAAUAUACUUGAUUGUGGGACUAUUGUGCAAUAAAGUAGGAGUGGAGGUAUCGCGUGAGGAAAUUAGUUACAUUUAUGGCAUUGCCAUAUUAAUUUGUACCAUGUUUAUAAUGCUCGAAUCAGUGGCAGAUUUUUAUAUAGCGGCAAUAUCCGGCUAUGGCACACAUGUACUUGGAUCCAAAGGUCAUUUAACAUCGCUGCAUUCAAUGUUGUGGAUCUUGCCAAUGUUGAUAUAUCUAAUUACUGGAUUUUUAAUUAAUAACACAAGUAAAGAGUUACAAGCCUCCUACUUGAGUUCGCUUAAUGAUAUCGAAUUUCAGAAAUUUCGUAAUUUAUUGCUAUUUUAUGACGAAAUAAUGUGCAUAUCCUCGAAGGAAAUUAGCAGUAUUUAUGGUAUUCCAAUGUUGAUCUGUACGAUUGUCAUAAGUCUCGAAGCAAUAUCGAAUAUUUUCAUAAUUGCCAUAUUUGAGUUUGGAAAUAACCAAUUUACAUUUAUAAAUUCUGAAUUAAAAAACGGUGCCUUGAUUUCUUAUUUGAUAAUGCUGCCCAUGAGUUUUACAAUUUGUGGCAUUAUUGUAAUGAUGCAUAUUUGUGUCACCAAAAUCUUGGGUACUUGUCUGAAACUUAUAAAUAAUGAAAUGUGUAAAAUAAUGCAAACAAAUCGGUUACGUGAAAGUAAAAAACGUUUGCAUGAUUUGAUAAUGAAACGUAACAACAUAUUAAAUAUUUGUCAAUACGAAUUAAGUUAUAAAUUUGGUUUGGUAUUGUUACCCAUUGUGGCCUAUGCAAUGUUUUACAUUCCAUCCGGUCCAUUUUUUCUAAUAUCGGUAGUUUUUGAAACAAAAUUUGCAAAUGUCGCCGUAAUGAUUAUUCCCUAUAUUAUAACGUUAUUGUGGGAUGUGCCAAUGUUAGUAAUAUUUGUUAUGACGAUGACAUCGAAUAAUAUUCAAAAUGAGGCAAACAAGACAGCACAAAUCCUGGCCAGAAUUCCUCGUACCAAAACAAGUUUAGAUCAAAUGAUUGAUAAGUUUCUUUGGAAAAAUCUUCGCCCAAAGCCCAUUUUAACAGCAUAUGGGUUCUUUUCUUUGGAUAGAAGUACAUUAUUUAAGCUUUUUACAGCCAUUUUCACUUAUAUGGUCAUUUUGGUGCAAUUCAAAGAAAUGGAAAAUACAACAAAACUACUUAAUAAUCAAACAUAA